UUUCUGGUAUGCACCUCGAUCUGUGGCUCCCAGGCUAUGUACGUGGACUUCUUGGGUUCUUCAAGGUGCACGCGGAUUCCCAGACACAUGGCUCUGUGCUAUGACAUCGGAUAUUCAGAAAUGCGGAUCCCCAACUUGUUGGAACACGAGUCGAUGGCGGAGGUGAUUCAGCAAUCCACCAGCUGGCUGCCCCUACUAGCGAGAGAGUGCCACCCCGACGCACGCAUCUUCCUCUGCUCCCUCUUUGCGCCAGUCUGCCUGGACAGGUUCAUCUACCCGUGCCGGAGCCUGUGCGAGGCAGUGAGGGACAGCUGCGCCCCAAUCAUGGCCUGCUAUGGGUACCCGUGGCCCGAGAUACUGAAGUGUGAGAACUUCCCCAUCGACCACGGCAUGUGCAUCUCACCGAUCACCAACGGCACGAGUUCCAGCCGCAGAAUGCCCAGAGCCAGCUGCAGAGACUGCGAGCUAGAAGAAGCGAGCACCGCCAAGGAGAUCCUGGAUACCUUCUGCGCCAACGACUUCACUGCCAAGGUCCGCAUCACCAAGAAAAACCUGACUUCUCCAGUGCUGUCCGACUUCGACAUGGAUGCCAAGCUGGAAAUACUGAAACAUGGCCCCCUGGCCAAAGCGGAUAUAUUCCCGAUGCUCCAGCAAUGGCUGGAACUCGAUGCCACCUGCGUGCAGAACAUCAUGCGGGGAACCCGGAGCGGCACUUACGUCAUCAGCGGAAAUAUCCAAGACGACAAGGUGGUUGUGAAUAACGCCUACGCCUGGCAGAAAAGGAACAAGAACCUCCAGCACGCGGUGAGGAAAUGGAAGCAUCACAAGUGCAGGUCCUAAGAGCCCAAUGGAUUGAAGGUGCUUCACUAACCAGAGGGCACCGCAUGAAAGCUGUGUAUA